AUGAAUACAUUAAUUGCUCCAGCUCCAGGAUACAGUAAGAUUACAUUAGUACGUGAACUUUACUAUGGUUUCAGACCAAACAAGCCAAGUUUUACCCCAGCUGAUUAUCCAGAUUUGACCGGCAAGACUGCCAUUGUCACUGGUUGCAACACCGGUAUCGGUAAACAUUCGCUUGAAUUACUGUAUCAGAAGAAUUGUAACGUAAUUGGUGUUGUGAGAAACCAGGCUAAAGGUGACCAAGCCCGUGAUGAUAUUGUUAACAACAACCCUGAAUCUAAAGGUACUAUAACCAUUGUCAGUGGUUGCGAUUACUUGGACUUAUCAAAAAUUCCAGCUGUUGGUGCUAAGAUCAAAGAAGUUUUAAAUGAUAAACCACUAAAUAUCAUCAUCCAUAAUGCUGGUCUAAUGGCUCCAGAUAAUGAAGGUACAUCUUUCCAAGGUUAUGAGGCUAUGUUCCAAACUAACGUCUUAGGUCCACAAUUGCUACAACAUUUCAUUGACCCAUUGUUCCUGAAGCAUGAUGACACUUCAUUGAAAAGAAUUGUUUGGGUUACUUCUGCUUCUCAUCUAUUAGCCUUUAAUACUUAUGGUAUUAAUUGGGAAGAUCCUUUGUUUGAAAAUUGUCCAACAAAGGAUAGACCAAACCAAGGUAUUUUAUAUGGUCAGUCUAAGGCUGCUAAUAUCUAUCAAGCUAAAGCAUGGUAUGAAGAGAACAAAAACAUCUGUGAUGAAAUUGGAUGUGUAUCUGUCUCUUGUUACCCUGGUAAUUUGAAGACUGACUUACAAAGAGGUUGGGGGUUUUCAAUGACUAUUAUAAAGUAUCUAUUCUGGGAUGGUGUCUACGGUGCAUAUUCAGAGUUAUACGGUGCAUUAUCUCCAACCUUAAAACCAAAGGAUUCCGGUGCGUACAUAGUUCCAUUUGGUGAAAUCCAUGACCCAAGAGAAGACAUAAAACUGGGUCUAACCAAUGGUGUCUAUAGCAAACUAUGGGAUUUUGUCGAAGGUAAAAUAUCUCCUUAUUUUUGA